CAGUAAUAAGUUUACUUUUCAUAUCAUUGAACAGUUUAGUUGAAUAUUGUAUAAAAAUCAUAGUAGUGUAGACAAUCUGCAUCAUUAGAACACUGUCAAAAUAUGAAGUCUUCCUUUUGUUUUGCACUUAUCGUUUUGUUGUCAUUGCUGCCGAUAAUAUUAUCGGAGUCUGAUUCAGAUGAUGAAGAAGAUCCAUUUCUUUACAACGAAGUUGAUUUUCAGCAAACUGUGGAAUCAGAACCUCAUUUCAUUAUGUUUUUUGCUCCAUGGUGUGGUCACUGCAAAUCUUUGAAGCCAACAUGGGAAAAAUUGACAGAGUUGUACAAUAAAGAAAAAACAGAUAUCAUUACAAUUGCUAAGGUCGAUUGCACAGUUAGCACGAAACUUUGUUCUGACAAUGGUGUUACCGGCUACCCCACUCUGAAAAUAUUCCAGCCUGACAAAGAAUCGGCGAGGUACAAGGGAGCAAGGGAUCUUGAUGCUCUCAAGGAAUUCAUUGCAACUACUCUAGGCCUUGAACAGGACAAAAAAGAGGAAAAAGAAAAUAUUGAAGUCAACGAGGGGUUAUAUGAGAUCACAGAUGCCACAUUUAAUGAUCACAUAUCUGAAGGGAAUCAUUUCAUCAAAUUUUUUGCACCUUGGUGUGGUCAUUGUCAAAGGAUGGAGCCGGCUUGGAAAGCACUUGCAGCUAAAUAUAAUGAUGAUGCUGUCAAAAUUAGCAGGGUUGAUUGCACAAAGAACCAAAAGAUAUGUGGAUCAAAAGGUGUACGAGGAUACCCUACUCUUAUAUGGUUUAAAAACGGAGAGGAAGUCGAAAAAUACCAGGGUGGAAGAUCUCUGGAAGAUUUCGAGGAAUAUGUUGUUAAAAUGACAAGUGAUCAAAAGGUCGAAAAAACUGGUGAGGAGGAACAAAAAGAAGUUGUUCAACAGAAAGAAGAAGACGCUUUGGAUGUUACUGAAGGACUGUAUGAAUUGACUGAAGCAAACUUUGAAACUCUUACAUCUCAGGGUGAUUUCUUUAUCAAAUUUUUUGCUCCCUGGUGUGGUCAUUGCAAAAGAAUGGAACCAGCUUGGAAGGAACUUGCAAAGUCUUAUGAAGGUCAUGAAAAGGUCAAAAUCGGAAGGGUCGAUUGUACAAAAAAUCAAGCAGUUUGUCAAUCAAAAGGUGUUCGUGGUUAUCCUACUUUGAAAUAUUUUCGCAACGGUAAAGAGAUGGAUGGAUCACCGGGUGGCCGGGACUUUGAAUCUUUAAAUAAGUUUACGACGGAAAUGUCAGAAGCUCAACAGAAAGAUGUUCAGCAGGAACAAGAGGAAGAAGUUGAUGAAGAGCAAAAGGAAGAAGCAGAUGUUGUUACUGAAGGACUGUAUGAACUGACUGAAGCAAACUUCGAAACUCUUACAUCUCAGGGUGAUUUCUUCAUCAAAUUUUUUGCUCCAUGGUGUGGUCAUUGCAAAAGAAUGGAACCUGCUUGGAAGGAACUUGCAAAGUCAUAUGAAGGUCAUGAAAAGAUUAAAAUCGGAAGGGUCGAUUGUACCCAACAUAAAUCAGUUUGCCAAUCAAAAGGAGUUCGUGGUUACCCAACUUUGAAAUAUUUUCGAAAUGGUGAAGAGAAGGAAGGAUCAGCAGGCGGCCGAGACAUUGAGUCUUUGAAAGAGUUUACCGUUAAAAUGAUGGCAAUGGAACAACAGGAAGAGGAGGAUCAGGAUGAAGGAGAGGCGCCACCACCGUCUGGAGCUUUGGAACUUGACAGCGACAUCUUUCAAGAUGUUAUUGACACUGGUUUGACAUUCGUAAAGUUUUAUGCUCCAUGGUGUGGACAUUGCAAAAGACUUGCUCCGGUCUGGGAUCAAUUAGCAGAUGAAGACUUCAGUAGUGCAGAAAGACCAAUUCGUAUUGUCAAAGUUGACUGCACCAAGCACACUAAAAUUUGUACGGACAAUGGGGUGAAAGGCUACCCUACACUGAAGCUCUUUGAUGGUGGUGAGGAGAAAGAAAAGUACAGCGGUGCUCGCACUCUAGAAGCUCUGAAAGCUUUUGUUAUUGAAAAUGCAGCUAAGGAAGGAGAUGAAGCUCAAAAGAGAGAUGAGCUAUAAAUUCCUGUGUGAGAACGUAAUGGAUAAAAUGAAUGCUGCCAAACCGAAACCACUGAAUUGUAGCUUUUCUAAAUUUUUAGUUUCUAUAUAUAUACAUGUAUCAAUAACACCACUCGUUUGAGAUUUUUGUCAUGGUUCAGAAGCAUUAUUUAGGUAUUAUAUCUUCGUAAAACAUCUAUUUUUUCUCAUUUGAAGUAAAUCUCAGAAAAAAUAUGAUCAAAUUGAUCAGAUAUUCAAUGAAGCUUAAAAAAUUUUCUUAGCCACCGAUGGAGGUUUUAAACACCAGUGGGGUUGUAAUUGAAAAGGACUAAUACUGACAUUUUGAAAAUAAAGGGAAUAGAAAUAUAUAUUUUCAGACUGGACAAUUCUUGAAUAGGGGCCGAUUUCAACCCCCAUACAAUGCCAAAUAUCAACUUUUGUAACAAAAUUCGCCAAAUGUAUUUGUGAUACAAAUUGAAUUGUAAAAGACAACACAGGUGUGACCUAAAAUUGCAAUAUGCGGGACCAAUCCACGUAAUCAUGAAAAAAACUACUUUUAACUCUUUUUGAAAUAUGAACAUAGAAUAAUGCUCUCUUAGUAAGUAAUAGUUUGAAGCAUUAAUUAACAAGUAUUUUUAUUUAAUUUUUUCAAAACAAUUUUCGCCCUACAAUUAUCAAUCCAGUUAUUUCAUUAUUGUUUGCCAUAACCUUCACUGAUCAAAAUAGGUUUUGUUGUUUCAGCAUAAUGUUAUAAAUGCUAUUGUUCCAGUUAUGAAGCUAUUAUUUCUUUUGUUUAGUUCUGUUUAGUAUAUUUCUAUAUACAUGAAUAAUUUUCUGUAGAUACUAACUUAUCUUUGUAUGUUAAGACAGAUAGAUAUUUGUUCCUCCUAACAGCAUCGUACUUUGGUUUGAAUAGAAUAUAAAAUUAUUUAGGACAUACCUAUUGAAAGCUUUGCAAAUUGGUUAUUUGAAAAAAAAAAAAAGUGCUAUGCGAAUGAAGUUUAUUUUGAAAACUAGAUAAUAUAUGAAAUGUCCUUGAACAGAUUUUGGGGUAUGGAUUACUUUAGGGGUGAUAAUUGGCUAAUCCUAAUUGCAACUAGUUUUAUCUUCAAUUCAAACCAAGGUCAUGGUGAGCGUAAAAAAAAAUUUGUUUUUGCCAGCAUCUAUAACCGUUGAUUUCAACCAUUUCGGUAGUGCGGACCCUUGGUGAACGAACUCUCAGAUCUGAAUGUAAAUUGCCACAAACCCUGGUUAAAAACCACCACCAGUCUGUUAUAAUCGAAUUGUGCUGUGAGAACCAGAAAAUUGUGGAUGUUUAGGGCCAGGGUGUUAUCUGCCAGAUAAUAGAUAUUCCCCCAAAACGGUAGUGAAAUAUAAUGUAUCCGCAUGUAGAUAUUGCUAUGAGAACAUACACAAUUAUGAAAUAUUGACCUUAAAAGCAGAUCAAAAUUGAGUGAUAGGUGUAUUUCCUUCCAUUUCUUCAGAAAUUUUAAUUUGCUAUCAUCAUUUUGCCUAUCUGUGCAAUAUUUCCUUUUUUUCUGUAAUUUUUGGAAAAGAACGAAUUAUUAAACUCCCAUUCCUGGUGCUUAACUGAAUUAUUAUUCCACAACGUUCCAAUAUAAAUUCCGCUGCAAUA